AUGUCCAUGCCAGGCGCCUUCUCCCCCGACUUGCCACCCUUCGAGCCCGACUCCAAGGAGGACGCAUCCUCCUCCAAUAACCCUCCCGACCUUCGCCUCGACCAGCCCACCGACGCCUGCUCCCUGCACACGAACGAUGCCUACUUCGACGACGUCGUUGCCUCCUCCUCUUCCUCCUCGGUCGCCGCACGCGACCUCCCGCCAUCAUACACGGAUGAACCCCAAGACCCGUCCCCCGCCUCCAAGAGCCACCCCAUCACCUCAACCACGACCGCCCUCCUCGCAGACGAAGCCGGCCCCUCCCCGCUUCUCUUCCGUAAAGACCCCGUCACCGGCGCCGAGAUCCACACCUCCCGCCGCCUCGACACCGACCCGACCUACCUCGAAUCUCACAUCACCGCCCUCGCCGAGCUCCCGCCCAGGCCCUACGUCCGCGUCCGCGGCACCCACACCGAGAGCGUCCGCAAGCGCGACGAUAAGACCGAGUCCAAGACCGUCGUCGACUUCGACGUCCGCCUCGACCUCACUCCCUUCCUCUACCGCGACAUCACCGCCCGCCGCUCCUGGCGCGAGCUGCGCACCGUCGACAACUUUCAAAAGGUCCGUCGUGGCACCGUCUUUCCCACCCGCGCCCCCGGCUUCGGUGGUUCCUCUUCGUCCUCCCACACCGCCGCCGACGGGAACAGGCAGCCCACCCUGCGCGAGUGGUGCCACCGAUACUGCGCCUCCCACGCCGGUCUAAAGUCCUUCACCCUGCUCCGCACCGUCACGGGCUUCGACGAGGACGAGAAGCUCAAGGGCCGCCUCGAGGACCUCGUCCGCGCCACCCACUACCGCGGCCACAUUGACGUCUCCUUCCCCGUCCAGGACGCCCGCGUCGACGUCUACAACACCUGCCGCGUCAACCGCUGGCGCUGGACCCCCUGGGUCCGCUGGCUGUUCUACCUGACCUUCCUCUGGCUCUUUGCCUGGCCCUACCUCUUCUUCCGAACCAAGCGCUUCGAGGUCGUCGAGGCCGAGUGGCCCUUCUCCCGCCGCCGGAGGGACCCGCAGACGGGCAGGGUCACAGGGCGCGAGUACGUCACGCUCUCCGAGCUCGACUGGUACAACAUGUGGGGGAGGGCCAUCUCCAAGGCCGUCCUCGAGAGGCGCCAGGGCGAGCUGGACCAGCGCGACCUGAGGGACGCCGAGGGGAGGCAGGACACCAGCUUCGAGGAGGUCCUGGCCGGCAUGGAAGGGGGCGCGACGAGGGACCUCGUGAUGGCCGGCGUGAGCGCCAUGAACGUUGUCAACCGCCACUUUGGAUGGGGAGGUAACUGCUGA